AUGCGCUCCUUCCUUGUUGCUGCCAUCUCUCUUGCUGUCCUCCAGAGCUCCUCUGCCCACCCCCUCCUUGAGAAGAGGGCCGAAACCCAAGGAACGGGCAAAGGAGACAGUGACUCGCGCUCCGUCAACUGCGGAAACCAAGGUAACUCCCUGUUGAACCUCAACGUAGCAACGAUAAUCAACUGUCACCAAGGGGGUUCCGGCGGAGGCGGCAACAUUGUUCCAGGAGGGGGCGGCGGAGGCGGCAACAUUGUUCCAGGAGGUGGAGGCGGAGGCGGCAACUUUGUUCCGGGGGGUCGCGGCGGAGGCGGCAACUUUGUUCCAGGCGGUCGCGGAGGAGGCGGUGACUUCUUCCCUGACGGGCGCGACGGAGGCCGGAUCAUCCCAGGCGGCAACGGCGGCCAAAUCUUCCCCGAUGGCCGCGGUGGAUUCGGUCCUGGAGGAAGAACCGUCUUGCCCGACCCUCAAAGCCGCGGCUUCCCGAACAUCCAGCCUGACAACUUGUUUCCCGGCGGAUCGGGCGGUGUCCUACCCGCAGGACCUCCCGACUUCACCCCAGGCGGACUCGACGGCUUUCCUGGUCGAGGCACCGGAUUUGAUGGCUUCAAUGGCGCCAACGGCGGAGGAUUCAGAACGUUCAACGGCGGUUCGUUCGAUGCAUCCACCGGCGGAAGCUUCAGCGCAACCAACGGCGGAUCAUUCGGUGCAGCCAAGGGCGGAGCAUUCGGCGCAACCGAUCUCCACAGUUUCGGUGCAGCUGAUGGCGCAAGUUUCGGUGCAGCUGAUGUCGGAAACUUUGCUGGUGCCAAUGGCGGAAACUUCGGAAUCGGUGGCGCCAAUGGCGGAAGCUUCGCACUUUCUUCAUCCUCUUCCCAACAACAACAACAAAGCUCCCAGGCUUACUCGGCGACCCUUCUAGCCAAGAACAAGGACAACGAUAAGAGCAGCAAAGCUUAG